AUGUUCUUUGUGGCGGGGUCCAAAAGUGCAGGAUCGGGCGGAGGAGGAGAAAGGAGAUCAAUCUAUCAGAAGUUCCGUGAGGUUGAUUUAUUGGACAAGAAGAAGACGGUAACAGCUUUAAAGCCGGGUGAAGACCGGGCCAUCCUGCUGGGACUGGGAAUGAUCCUCUCUUCAGUCAUGAUGUACUUUGUACUAGGGAUCACCAUAUUACGCUCAUAUGCAGACAGUGUGUGGACAGAAGAGGGUGUGUGUGUUGUACUCAACUCCACGGUCACAGCGGACGUGAACUGUUCCUACAGCUGUGGGUCAGACUGCUGGAGGGUCUCCAAAUACCCGUGUCUGCAGGUCUAUGUGAGCGUCAACAACACGGGCCGCGUCAGCCGCUUAUCUCACAACGAGGAGGCGCAGGACAUCAGCUCUGAAUGUUUCUACGUGCCGCGGUGUCAGAAGGACAGCGCUGCCAUGCACAUCAUCAUCAUGAACAUCUCAGAGCGCCUGAAGGUGAACCAGCAGAUCCUGUGCUUCUAUGACCCCAGCGAGCAACAGGAGACCGUCCUCCUCACCAGACUCUACGACCACAGUGUUGUCUUCCACUCGCUGCUCUGGCCGUCCUGCAUGCUGACAGGAGGGGCCCUCAUCAUCGUCAUGGUGAAGCUCACUCAGUACCUCUCCAGGCUGUGUGAGGAGAUAAGAAAGAUCAAGAGGUGA